AUGUCUUUGACCUCUUACUCCAAACUCAGAGCCGCAGUGGCGGCAAUUGAAAAACUAUAUCCUACAAGACUUGCGGAUUCUUCCUGGGAUAACACCGGGUUGCUAGUGGAUGCCUCUUCCAAAACUCUCACUUAUGAGACGCUGGAACUGAAUAUUCUGCUAGCCAUAGAUCUCACAGAGUCAGUUGUGACCGAGGCAAUUGCAAAUAGGGCAAGUCUUGUUUUGGCCUAUCAUCCGUUCAUCUUCAAGGGCCUGAAAGCUAUCGGCCAAGAAGAUUCCCAGCAAAGAUCUCUUGUCCGACUGAUACAAAACGGCAUCUCGGUCUAUUGUCCACAUACUGCGGUCGAUGCCGCCAAAGAUGGUGUCAAUGAUUGGCUAGCCAAAGGAAUCAGCGGAGAUAAUGGUGCAGUCUCUGUUCUGUCGCCUACUGCUACCUCACUGGAAGGGGAAGGAAUGGGAAGACUGGUGACUUUCCCCACACCUGUUUCUCUCAAAGAGCUCGUGGAAAGGGUCAAGACCAGCUUGGGUAUUUCCCAACUACUCGUGGCUCCAGCCUCUGGAUCCUCUAAUCCUGUUGCCAGUUCGGUUGCCAUUUGUGCCGGCUCCGGAGGAAGUCUCUUCAGAGGAGUCAACGCGGAUGUGUUCUACACAGGUGAACUGUCUCACCACGAAGCUCUCCAUUUCAAGGAGAUGGGUAGUUCCGUUAUUGCAUGCAACCAUUCGAACACAGAAAGAGGAUAUCUGAGUGUAAUGAAAGAGAAACUGGCCAAGGAGCUCCAAAGCUUUGACUUGACCAUAGAGAUAAGCAAGACCGAUAAGGAUCCAUUUGAGUUCUGGUGA